GCACAACAUGCUGCACCACAUCCUUCUUCUGGUGCUGACCUUUGGUCAAGGUCUGACCACUGAACCAGGUGCUGUGAUGAGACUCACAAAGAAAGGUUUGGAUUACGGUAAGUAAAGCUUUAUGCUUCUAUUCACUGUGAUCAUUCAACAUCUUAGACAUUCGUACAGCAACUGUCUCGCAUACAAUUCUAUACCACAUGACAUUCACACAAUAUCUACAUGACGUUCACAAAAGAACUAUACGACAUUCAUACAAAUGCCUCAUGACAUCAACACAACAACCACGUGACAUUCACAAAAGAACUAUGCGACAUUCAUACACAUGCCACAUGACAUUAACACAAUAACUACAUGACGUUCACAAAAGAACUAUAUGACAUUCAUACAAAUGCCACAUGACAUUCACACAACUGCUAGAUGCCGCUCAUACAGCUCAUAAUCGGGUGAUAUUGUUUCCCCCACCAACAGCCAACACGGUUGCACACGACGCCAUCGCCCAGGCGCUACCAACUCUGAAGAUUGCGGACUUAAAGGGAUCUUCUGGAAUAUUAAGCUAUCGUCUGACCAAGUAAUACUCUCACCAUCCCAUUAAGCAAACACCGUUAUCAUUAAGCUAUCGUCUGACCAAGUAAUACUCUCACCAUCCCAUUAAGCAAACACCGUCAUCAUUAAGCUACGUAUGUGACCUAUAUAAAGAGAAGUUGGGAGAAUGGCCAAUCAAAGUACAAGCUGUUCUCUGGGCAAAGUCUGAACAUGUCCGCUCCCCCCCCCCCCCAAAUCUUUUUUUUUAUUAAAAAUAUAUUGGUAUUUAUAUAUGAAUAAUUAACAAUUUUGGCGCCACCUUGCUAAUAUUGCGCCCGGGUCAACGUCCGCCUAUUUACAUUCCUUUCGCCCUGGCUGGAGAGAUAGGGCACUAUGUGAAGACUGAAUUCAAGUUUUUUAAAAAAAAUAUGCCUGCAAUUUCUCAGAUCUAUCACUCCAUAUUGACUAAAAACACACAAUUAAAAUGUAUAAUAGUGUAAUAAUUUACAAAGUCCAGAAGUAAAAGUAAAUAUUAAUACAUUUAUGACAAUACAAUUUUUUUUCAUAUUUCCUAAAUAUUGUUUCAUCCCACCUUCUAAAUAUUGUUUCAUCCCACCUUCUAAAUAUUGUUUCAUCCCACCUUCUAAAUAUUGUUUUACUCCACCUUCCAAACCCAAGCAUUAUAAACAAGGGUGACAACCCCCCUACCAGCACAAUGACCUUCAACUCCGGACUUGAUGGACUGACGUGGAAGCUGGACGACUUUGGAC